AAUGUCAAACUUAAUUUUUAUAGAACUCUUGCUCGCACUUCUUUUGACCAGCAGCUAUGUUUUGGCAUCGGAAAAGUGUAUUUAUUGUCGGGAUAUAAACUGCCAAAGGAGUAGCUAUGAUGCAGAGGAACAAUGCUCAGAUAAAUUGGAUUCCUGCGUGAGUGUUUUCAAGGCAGGCGAAAUUCGGGCCCAAGGAUGUCUGGAAAGUCUCGAAGAUGAUUGGCGAGAAAAAUGCCAGGAUAAAGAUAAAGGACAUGACAUCGAUUGCGAGAUAUGCGUAACCGAAAGGUGCAACAAUGUUGCAUCCAAAAGGGCUAGCUGCCUUCAAUGCAACAAUACGGAGGAUGCACAGUGUGCUGAAACUCCCGAACUUCUAAAGGCGGUACAAUGUCCUAUUGCAAGAUCUGGUAGAAGUUUUUGCUUUGCCAGUUUGGUUGGAGACGUAUUAAAUAGGGGAUGCUCCCUGACCCUUUCAGAUCAGGUCAAAUGUCUGGCCGAUCCGAAUUGCCACUUGUGCGAUCCGUUGGAACAACCCCAUUGCAAUGAUCAAAUUGUAGAGGCAGAUGACUCACCAACCACUCAAGAUCCGACGGAAUCUACAAGUUCUUCAACGGAGUCCACGCCUAGUUCCACAAUCACAACUGAAUCAUCUUCAAGUUCCUCAAGCAGUACAUCAACAAGUUCAACAACAAGCUCAACAACAAGUUCAACAACAAGUUCAACAACAAGUUCAACAACAAGUUCAACAACAAGUUCUUCAACAAGUUCUUCAACAAAUCCACCAGAAACUACACAAUCCACCACAGAACCUUCGACAACCGAAGAGGUUCCAACCACAACCGACAAACCCAAUUCGGCAUUCGGUUUGCACGCUUCCGUAUUCGUGAUCUUUGCUCAAUUGGCAGUUUGUUUUUACAACCCACUUAAAUAGGCAAUGAGGCAGCGCUUCGCCAAAAUUCCCACGGACUUCUCCAAUCUAUAUGCGACAUUAUUAAAAUAGUUUUUAUGAUGUGACCAUAAAUUAUUCUUUGCGAUCAAGCGUAAUCUUGUUGGCUUUAUGCUGGGUUUCUUAUGUCAUUGACUGAAAUUUGAUAAGCCCGAUUAUCUGGCGAAAUACCAAUAGUCCAAAUACAAGCUACUUGUAUAAGCAUUCUAUAAAGUUGAUUUGGUAAUCUUUAAAUAACAUGAAUUAUAAAUCCAAAGUAACCUAUUAAGUUUCUAUUAUUAGCUGGCUAAAAUCCUUUUUUCGUGUUGAAGUAUGAAAACUUUAGCGAGAUAACUAAUUGGGUUAUUCCGAUUACCAAAUCUGCAAUCAAUUAAAUAAUUUUUCACUCAUGUCAUGACUCAUAA